AUGAUACUAAGGUUACAGUGCCCGUUCACGCAGACGUCGCUUGCUAGUUUACGACAAGCGCCCGCCUCCGGGCAUUCCGCCGGGCCUGCCUGGUGGACAAUGAUGAACGGCGUCGGCGGCACGCUCUAUGAAGAGCCGCAUCCCUCGCCGCCAGGUGGUUCGCCCCCUGCUGCACCGGCGGCCGCUCCGCCGUCAGCCUCGAGCGCCUCACCAGCGUCUGUCGGUUCGAAUCCCCCGCAACCCCUUCAUAUCCCGGCAAAGCGAUAUGAACCUGAACCGGGAGUCAUACGACACGCUCAGCAAUCGUGGGGAUAUCCGCCAGAUGCAGCGGCAUCCUUUGAGCACCAGUAUCCUGCUGGUCCCACAUACUAUAACCUACCAGUUGAGAGGGAACGUAAAUCCACUUUACCUUUCUGGCCAGCGAGUGGCGGAGAAUAUAAGCCCUACGCGGAUGGUUGUCAUCAGGGGUUCUCGCAGCCCUGCUGGAACUACCCAUAUGGAGCACCACGGGGAGACCAGCCAUUGUCCUAUGUUGGUGGAGAAGAACGUCGUGCCGCAGUCUCUGAGGCGUCAGGGUUCUCUCACGAUGCCUACGGUCUACGAAACUAUGCACCGGAAUCAGUAUCGAGUGCGCCCUAUCCACCUCCAAGCGGGUUACCAGGUUCGCUGUCAAUGUCCGUGGGUGUCGGCGUAGGCUGCGGCUCCUCAAAUCCCCUAGAUUGGACCGGCCAAGUAACAGUGCGGAAGAAACGCAAGCCAUACUCAAAGUUCCAAACGCUCGAACUAGAAAAAGAGUUCCUCUUCAACGCUUACGUAUCGAAACAGAAGCGGUGGGAGCUCGCACGAAAUCUGAACCUAACCGAGCGGCAGGUGAAGAUAUGGUUCCAGAACAGACGAAUGAAGAAUAAGAAGAAUUCACAGCGGCAAGCGGCUCAAGCGGCGCAGAAUAACAACAACAAUUCGAACGCCAACAACCACAACCACCAUGCGGGGCAUCACCACGCAGCGCACCACGUGGCGUUGCACCACGCGGCACCCACCAAACACCAUCAGUGA